UUUUAAGGUAAUUGGGAAGGUUUAUCUAGGGCUUUAACACAUUUCUUCCUCCCAACGAAACUCAAGUCAAGCCCUUCUUCAAUUUCUUCUUCUUCUUCAAAAUGUGGAAACCGAACGUUGCAGCAAAAUCUCUGCGCUAUCUCCAACAAUCGUCAUCCUCAAAAAUCUCUUCACCAUCAUCGCUUUCUCCACAAUUCUUCACAACCCAUGUACGGAAUCUCCGUUCAGGACGAGGUCUCAGUUCGGACUACGAGAUAAUACCUCCGAUGAACUGGGGAAUUAGAAUAGUACCGGAAAAGAAAGCUUUUGUCAUUGAAAGAUUUGGGAAAUACGUGAAAACAUUGCCGUCGGGGAUUCAUUUUUUGAUUCCAUUUGUGGAUCGUAUAGCUUAUGUACAUUCUCUGAAAGAAGAAGCGAUUCCGAUUCCAGAUCAGUCAGCAAUUACGAAAGAUAAUGUUAGCAUUUUGAUUGACGGGGUACUUUAUGUGAAGAUUGUGGACCCAAAUCUUGCCUCUUAUGGAGUUGAGAAUCCAAUUUAUGCUGUGAUUCAGUUGGCUCAGACCACAAUGAGAAGUGAACUUGGGAAGAUUACUCUUGACAAGACUUUUGAAGAAAGAGAUACUCUCAAUGAAAAGAUUGUGGAAGCCAUCAAUGUUGCUGCUAAAGACUGGGGUCUGCAGUGCCUUCGUUAUGAAAUUAGGGAUAUAUCUCCACCUCCUGGGGUACGAGCAGCUAUGGAGAUGCAAGCAGAAGCUGAGCGUAAAAAGAGAGCUCAAAUUUUGGAAUCAGAAGGAGAAAGACAGGCCAAUAUUAAUAUUGCUGAUGGUAAGAAAAGUGCAGUUAUCUUAGCAUCAGAAGCUGCAAAGAUGGAUCAGGUGAACAGGGCACAAGGUGAAGCAGAGGCCAUUAUUGCUAAAGCUAAUGCAACUGCCAAAGGUCUUGCCAUGGUGUCACAAUCCCUAAAGGAAAAUGGGGGAGUAGAGGCAGCAAGUUUGCGAAUCGCUGAGCAAUAUAUGCAAGCCUUUAGUAAGAUUGCCAAGGAGGGUACCACAAUGUUGCUUCCUAGUGCUGCUUCCAAUCCUGCAAGCAUUAUAGCACAAGCUAUCACUAUGUACAAGAGCCUACUCGGGAAUGUGCCCAGUGAGAGUUCUCAAGAAACAUCUUCUGCUGGUUUAUUAAAGGGUGAAGAUCCCUCUGGAGAACCUGCAGACGGGGGCUCUACUACAACUGCAAGAAUACCUGAUACAGGUCGUUCUGUUGACCCAUCAUUUUCGCUUCAGAGCACCAAGAAGAGACAAUAAGGUUGCAUCGGCCCCUUCAUUCAAGUGAAUUGGACUAUUACUGGCUUUUGUUGUGUUUUAACUCAAGGCUAUUAGUUUUGAAAUUUUUCCAAAGAAAAGCCUGAAGUUUCAAUGAAUGUAGCAUGUUAUGGUAGGAUGCUUAUUCAUUUUA